GCUAGCGCAGGUAGUUGAUGGGGCUCUCGAUAGAGGCCCAGGAGAAUGAUGGUGCGCGAUAUUGCUGGGGACGGCUGACGUGGCUCGUGUAAUAUGGAUCAGGCGCCCAAUACAAGCAGUGUGGGAAAUGUUGAAGCCAGAUACCCGCGAGAUACACGGACUGGUUCGACUUUGCCAGACCUGACAGUACCGGAAGCCGAUCUUCUUCUUUCGUGAGUCGUAGGCGGUUGCACUCCUCCACCAUCGCCUGCCACGCCCAGUGGUAUGCCACAUCACUACUGUUUUCCAGGAUUUCGAUGUAAAAGUCCCGAGUGGUCUGUCCCAAUCGAUUACCUUUCUACUCAAGAGCAUGGGUUUUGCAAGAGCGUAUGCUUAGCCCACGCAUUGUCCACUUUGGGCCUAUGGAGCUAUAUUGGGAAUGCAACCAGGGGUUGUUCUGCGAAUGUCGUCCCCAUGAAGGAAGGGUACGGAUAGAACAAGGCCGUCCGAGACUGACAACCGUGUGGGGGUUGCGCCGUGGGCUAUGGAAGAUUGUGGAGUGGUCGGGCUCGAGCGCCAACCACCCCAAACUGGAAUGGAAUGGCUCCGAAAGUUUGGGAUGGUGGAGAUACUUGGCAACUUCUACAGUAUUCGGUCGCAAACUUUUCCAUAUAUAAGAGGGUGGGUGAGUGUUCGGGAAGCACCCAAAACUGCCAUCGGCAGACUUCGUUGCAGCAACGGUAAGGUCAGCGUUCCUGAAAACCGAAGCCAUGCUCGAUGCUUCGUACUCCCAGUCGGCCAAUGAAUCCUGUAUGAUGCAGAGCGAGUCGAUCCAUAGCUAGUCGAAUCCAAGCCUUCAUUGACUGAGUGCUACGUAUCGGCC